UUUCCAAAACAAAUAGUAUCCAUCAAAGAAAACGAAAAAAAACCAAGGAUUGUUUCAAGGAAUUGCAGUCCAAUCGAUCAUGUUUCAAAAUCAAUUGUUCAUCGUUUCUAACUUCAAUUAUGUGAAAUUUUCGAAUGAGUUGUUACAACGACAAGGAAAAUCGAACUUGAAACUGAGCUUGAGUAUCAGUUUGAGAUCUUCUUUUACUUGUUCAUCCUUUGAAGUCAAGAUGAUGAUAAUUUUUAGCGGUACAGAACUUCAGUCAUGAUCAAGUUUGAGAGAUUCAAUAAGUCACUUUAGAUUCACUAAAGAGUCAGACUUCCCAUCUAUUUCUUUUAAGAUAGUUUGUCUUGCAUUCGAAGUUGAUUGGUCUUGCUUCUUGUUCUGAUCGAGAUGUCAAUUUGUGUGUUGUUAAUUUCAUGGCUUUCGUUGAUUCUCCUUCAUCAUCAUCAUACUAACGCUCACUCAACUCGAUCUCAACCCAUUCGAAAAGUUCAUCAACUUCAUUCAACCAAUCUUCAAAUCUUACCACGUCUCUCAUCUAAUCCAUCAUCAUCAUCAUCAUCAUCAAAUCAUUUAAAGAAAAGAAAUCAACUCUCACCUUCACCUUCUGAUCUUCGUCACAAUGAUACAAUCCUUUUAUCUUUUUCAAUACCUAUCAGUACCACUUCUUUUUCAAAAAACUCAUCUUCUCUAACUCAAUUCACAUUAGUCUUACAUCCAACUACAGAUUUAAUUCAUCCAGAGGCCAAGAUUAAUUAUCAUUCAUUGGAUUCAAAUACCGGUGAAAGUACUUUGACUACCCUUCCACUUUUACCAGAGCAUGUAUUAGCUUACACAGGUUGGGUGAUUGAUGAAUCAAGUGUUGAGAGUUGGUGGGAAGAAGAACAUGCAUCUAUCACAACACCACCAACUUGGGCUUCAUCUUUUGAUGAUCAAAGGGUCUUAGGAUGGGCUAGGAUCUUGGUUCAUGAUACUACUCAAAUCAAAUCUCAUGAUCAUCUUGAUCAAUUCACUUGUGAAGGUUCUUUUACUAUCAAUCGUCAACUCUGGCAUAUCAAACCUUUAGAGACCUUUAACCGAAUCAAACAUCCAGAAGACCCAAUCCCAAUCCCUCCAGCUUCUCAUCUUCGUGGUGGUCUAGUGGCUUGGCGUGAAGGAGAUUAUGAUACUGAAUCUUAUAUCACCGCUUUAAAUGGUUCAUUUGUCGAGACUGAGUCUAGCGUUUUUCCUCAUCCAACCCCUCAACAAACACUGAUGUGUGGACAUGACAAGUUAGCAUUCAACAUCAAUCCUGAUCGUCAACUUUAUCAAUCAUCAACAAUUCAACAAAACCAUUCUAGUGCAUUUUUACCAUCCCUCCUACGUCGAACUCUCUACCCACAUCCUUCAACUGAUGGAAAUUUCAUCACAUCUCCUCAACCAUCAUCAUCAUCAUCAUCAUCAUCUGAACGAUCGAAAAAAAUUUACAAGCGAAGCUCACUAGACAAAGAUAUCUCAGGUUCAUCUACUUUACCUUCAUCAAACUUUGUUAAUUCGAUUGGUUCAACCGAAGGAUGUCCAUCACAAUCAAAAGUAGUUUUUAUGGGUAUUGCAGCAGAUUGUAAUUAUGUUUCAAAAUAUUUAACUCAACAAGAUGCCAGAACAUCAAUUCUAAACAAUCUAAAUUCAGUUUCAGGUCUGUUUGCCAAAAGUUUUAAUAUUUCCUUAGGUAUCAUUGAAAUGAACGUUCAAGCUCCUCAAUGUCCCGAAAAACCAAAUCAAGAUACACCUUGGAACAUGGCUUGUAGUUCAAUCGAUCUCAAUCAACGUUUAAGUAUCUUUAGUCAAUGGCGUGGAAUCAAAGGAGGAAGUGAUGGAGCAGGACUUUGGCAUUUGAUGACAGAUUGUCCAAGUGGAGAUGAAGUAGGAGUAGCAUGGUUUGGUCAAGUAUGUGUUAAUGGAGCAGUUUAUGGUACAGAAGGAGAAGUGACGAGUGGAACGGGUGUGACGGCUUCUACUUCCAACGAAUGGUCAGUCAUGGCUCACGAGAUUGGUCAUUCCUUUGGUGCUAUUCACGAUUGUGUUGGAGGAUGUACAUCAACAGACACUUGUUGUCCAAUGUCAACUACAUACUGUGAUAGUAAUGCAGAAUAUAUCAUGUCACCUCGAUCAUCAACUCCAAGUUCCGAAUUCUCACCUUGCACGAUCGGUAAUAUCUGUACAGCCUUAAAAACUCCUGGGCUUGAUUUAUCCUGUUUAAUCUCACCUGGUCAACGUCAAGUCAUCUCUUUAAAACAAUGUGGAAAUGGAAUUGUCGAACCCGGUGAAGAUUGUGAUCCAGGUGAAGGAAGAAGUAGUGACUGUUGUGAUGUGAAUACCUGCGAAUUUGUCAAAGGAGCCGUAUGUGACCCAUUAAACUCAGAAAGAUGUUGUACGGCUCAAUGUCAAUUCGAACCAUCUAAUGUGAUCUGUCGGGAAGCUAGAGAUCUGGAAUGUGAUCAAUCUGCAAAAUGUACAGGUACAAGUGCGGUAUGUCCUGAGAAUGUGGCAGCAGCGAAUGGUAAGACGUGUGGAACUCUUGAAGCUGGUCUUAGUUGUGCUUCUGGAUUAUGUACAAGUCGUGAUAAACAAUGUGAGGUAGGAGGCGCUCAUCUAGGAUUGAAGACUGCGUGCGGUCCAACAGCGACUGGAACAUGCCAACUUGCAUGCGUGGAUCCUAGCGGACAAGCGGACUGUAUCUUGUUGGAGAAUAAAUUCUUGGAUGGAACAAGUUGUGGAAAUGGAGGACAAUGCGUACAAGGCAUUUGUAAAGGAGGACAUCGAUCAGGCAAUGCUGCUGAUAAAUCUUGGUUUCUGUAA